AUUAUAGAUAGGAUCCUAUCUUUAAUCGUGGUUAUUUCCAAUUCAAAUUAAUUCGUAAUUGUUUAAAAGUUGCUUUUAUUUUUUGUUAUUAUUACAAAGUAAAAUCACAAUGAAUAACCAAACAAAUUCAUCUAAUUCGAAGUUUCAAAUGCCUCAAGCUCCUCAACCUCAGCAUGUUCAAUCCGAGUCUUUACUUUUCAAUGACAUUUCGGAAGAAAUCAAUGCAGAUAUGCGCAAUAAAUUGCAUGACUUCUUGCAAGUACUACCAUACCGUACAUUUAAAAUGGAAUUGGCUAAUUUUUUUAAACAUAUUGAUCGCUUGAAAAAAGAAGCAGAACGAAAUGGCACAAAUAUUUCAAGGCUUACAAAUUGUUCCCAAAUGGUUCCAAGUAAUUCAAGACCAUGCACAAGUUUCAGGGCACCAUCCACUAUGUCAUUAAUAAGUUGUAACCGUAACAAUACAAUUAGACAACCUGAAAGUAAUUUUCAAUCUAUUCCUUUAAAUUCAUUUAAGCCAUCUGUACACAUUGAACUUGAAUCUAAUGAAGUAGUUCUGCCUCGUUCUAACCAAUCAAACCAUGUUUCUCAAAGUUCAUCUAAUAUGGAUACCACAAUUAUUAAAGUUAGCCAUAGAAAAAAUAAUAUAGCUAAAACUAAGGGUAAUCAUAAACAUUUGAACCCACCUGAAACUGUUUUUAAAAAUACAUUUGAUCCAAAUGAUGCAUAUUCAAAUAUAAAACUUGUGGUUGAGAAUAAAUCAGCUUUUGCUUCACAUCAAAAUAAAAACAUUAAUAAUGGCUGUUAUUCCAUAGAUUCUUCUCUACUUGAAACUGUUGGAUUAUCUAAUAAAAAUAAGACAACCAAGAGUGAUGCUAAUGGAAAUAAUGGUAAACGCCUUGAAAAAUACCUAUCAAAGUGGUCUGUGAAUAUGAAAAUAAUCAAAUCCAAAAAAUCUUGUGUAUUAUUAACUGGCACUUUAUUGAAAGCAGAUCAAUCUACUGUAGAAGAAGAACAUCACAAUGCUGAUCUUAUAAUAUGUCGAAAAGAAAAAGAUUUAUUAAAAACAAACAAUGGUUUAUAUCGUUUACUAGGUAAAAUCAUUGGAGGAUCACCAGAUGAAUUAUACCAAGAAUCUUUAUCCAAAAAUGGUUUCCCAGUGAAAUGGAAAAUUUUGGUAGAAAAAUAUUCUUGUUUUAAUGAUAGCAACAAAAAAUCUCUUUUAAAUUUUUCAUUGGAUUCUCCUAUUUCAGCAACUACAUCAAUGAAACCAAUAAAAAAGCCUGUAAAUCUUGAUAUGAGUAUUACUAGAACAGGUAAAAUCUAUAAUCUCAGUAUAAUACCUCUGAAAAAAAGAAAAAAGUUUGAUGAUGAAAUUUCUGAUGGAAGUAAAAUUAACUAUGCUACAUUUAACAGAAAAUUACCAUUGAUUGCAUCAACACCAAAAAUACCAAAUAUAUAAACUGUUUUGUAUAAAACUCCUACCCAAAUUUUAAAGAAUUAGUGAUAUCAUGGUAUUAAAAAAAGAAAAAACCAUAGUUUUAUA